UUCUUCUUCUUCUUCUUCAUAUUCUAACCAUAACCGUCUCCAUUGAUUCACGCUAUUCUCGCUUCUUUCCUUUUUCUCAAUCCUUCUCUCUCUCUCUCUCUCUCAAUCAAACUCCUCCACCAUGACCAUAACCGCCUCCGUCGCCAUCUCCCUCCUCCGAUCGCCGCAUUCAUGUUAAUUUCCAUAUGCAUCCCUUCUGCUGCAUCUCCACUCUCUCCGACCACAGCCUCUCCCCCUCGCCGGACCUCCACAUGACCUCCUUCGGUAGAUCCGAUCCGCCCAACCGCUUCAGUCUCCACAAGGAGACGAACAGCAACAAUUCCAGCGUCGAAUACGGCCGCCUCAGCCAGCGCACGACGGCGGUUGCCGCCGCCGCCGCCAUCGCCGCGGCGGAGUCCGUGGCGCGGCCGCCGGCGAGUGGGAGGGAGCAGCCGGUGGAUGUGAAGAUAAACGACAUCGUAGGGAAUGGCGUAUCGGGAAUACUGUACAAGUGGGUGAAUUACGGGAAAGGCUGGCGGCCGCGGUGGUUCGUUUUGCAUGAUGGAGUGCUUUCGUACUAUAAGAUUCACGGUCCUGAUAGGAUCGUUGUGACGCCGGAGACGGAGAAAGGCUCCAAGGUCAUCGGAGAAACUUCGAUUCGGAGACUCUCCAGGCAUCGGAAUCCUAGUCCUCAAAAGCUGCGCCGCAAGCCGUUCGGCGAAGUUCAUCUCAAGGUUUCAAGCAUCCGUGAGAGUAAAUCAGACGAUAAGCGGUUCUCGAUCUUCACAGGUACAAAGAGGCUGCAUUUGAGGGCGGAAUCGAGUGAUGAUCGGUGCGCUUGGGUGGAAGCAUUGCAGGCAGUGAAAGACAUGUUUCCGCGGAUUUCCAACAGUGAGUUGAUGGCACCGGUAGACAAUGCCGCCGUGUCUACUGAAAAAUUGAGGCAGCGCCUUUCCGAAGAAGGUGUUAGGGAGGCAGCUAUACAGGAAAGUGAACAGAUAAUGAAGACAGAGUUUGCUGCAUUGCAGAACCAGCUUCUUCUGCUCAAGCAGAAACAAUGGCUCCUAAUUGACACGCUACGACAAUUAGAGACAGAAAAGGUAGAUUUGGAGAAUACAGUUGUUGAUGAGAGCCGACAGCUUAAAGAUUCUGGGGCCUCCUCUAGAUCAAGACAAGAUAAGUUCAGUGAAGGAAGUGCAACUGAAUCUGAAGAUGAUAAUGAAAGACCUGAUGCUGCAGAGGAAGAAACAGAUGAAGAGGACAAUGCUUUCUUUGAUACGCGUGAUUUUCUAUCAUCAAGUUCUUUUAAAAGUACUGGGUCUGAAUAUCGGGCAUCUUCCAUCUCUUCAGAUGAUGAUGGUCUUUAUGCCAUUGAAUCUGGAGAUGGGUCAGAUCCAUCAUUCGAAAUCGGAGCUGACUAUCCUAUUGUUAAGCGACGUAAGAAAUUGCCCGACCCUGUGGAAAGAGAGAAGAGUGUUAGUCUUUGGUCGAUGAUCAAGGACAACAUUGGGAAGGACCUUACAAAAAUAUGUCUCCCUGUAUACUUCAAUGAACCUCUAUCUUCUCUACAAAAAUGUUUUGAGGAUUUAGAGUAUUCAUACCUCCUUGAUCGAGCAUAUGAAUGGGGCAAAAGGGGUAAUAGCCUCAUGAGGAUUCUUAAUGUGGCUGCUUUUGCUGUAUCUGGAUAUGCUUCAACUGAAGGAAGGAUGUGCAAACCAUUCAAUCCAUUAUUAGGCGAAACAUAUGAGGCUGACUAUCCAGAUAGAGGCCUUCGGUUUUUCUCAGAGAAGGUUAGUCAUCACCCCAUGAUUAUCGCUUGCCAUUGUGAGGGUAGAGGAUGGAAAUUCUAUGGUGAUAGCAAUUUGAAGAGCAAAUUUUGGGGCCGCUCAAUUCAGCUUGAUCCAGUUGGUGUUCUGACCUUGGAAUUUGAAGAUGGUGAAAUUCUUCAAUGGAGUAAAGUUACAACUUCCAUUUACAAUCUUAUAUUGGGAAAGCUGUACUGUGAUCACUAUGGUACAAUGAGAAUUCAGGGAAAGCAUGAAUAUCAAUGUAGGCUAAAAUUUAAGGAGCAGUCUAUCAUUGACAGAAAUCCUCAUCAGGUACAAGGUAUAGUUCAAGAUAAGCAUGGAAAAACAGUGGCAACGUUAUUUGGAAAAUGGGAUGAGAGCAUGCAUUAUGUGGAUGGAGACUGUUCAGGGAAGGGAAAAUUCGAGUCUUUAUCCGAUGCCCGCCUGCUCUGGAAGAGGAGCAAGCCACCCAAGUACCCAACCAGAUAUAACUUGACACGCUUUGCUAUCACAAUGAACGAACUGCUGCCUGGAUUGAAGGAGAAGUUGCCCCCAACAGAUUCAAGGCUUAGACCAGAUCAAAGGUAUCUGGAAAAUGGGGAAUAUGAAAUGGCAAAUUCCGAGAAGUUGAGGCUAGAGCAGAGGCAACGGCAGGCUCGAAAGAUGCAAGAAAGCGGUUGGAAACCACAGUGGUUUGCAAAAGAUAAAGCAAGUGACACUUAUCGGUAUACUGGCGGAUACUGGGAGGCGAGAGAGCUAGGGAAGUGGGAUGCAUGUCCGGAUAUUUUUGGCCAAGUUCCUUCUGAACAAGUUGACUAGUAAUCGUCAGUACAUUGCUGUCUCUAGUUUUACCAAUUCUUUUCUAUUUUUUCCCUUGUGAGGUAGUGAAUACUGCUCUAAUUCAAAGCAGUUGAGCGCCUUCCAUGAUUUCAAUAUAAGUAAAUUGAAUGAAAGGUCUUGGGCAGGUAAUAAAAUCAAAUUCUUUUCCUCCA